AUGAUGGCAUGGCAUCGUUUACGUUGGUGUUUCCGAUUGUUAAAAUCGAAAAGUGGUCGAAUGAUUAUCAUGCUGAUACUGACAGUUGGUAUCGCCGUCGCUGAAAUAGUCUAUGGAAUUCGAACUAAGUCUCAAUUACUAAUUGCCGACGGACUUUUUUCAUUUGCUGAAGGUAUUGCUUUGGUCGGUUCGUUGAUCGCAUUACGUUAUGCCAAAGCACAACGUCUACACGCUAAGAAUACAUUUGGCUGGGCUCGAUUGGAACUACUUGCUGGUCUUCUUCAAGAAGUUCUGCUCUUAUCAUUGUCACUUUCAAUCACAAUCGAUGCUAUCAAUAAACUAAUCAAUCCAACUCAUAUUGAAGAUCCUUCCGCGAUGAUCUAUCUCGGUUUCGCUGGCGCUUGCAUUGGUCUCCUAGGUUUAUUUCUCUUUCACGGUUAUCAUCAUGAUCAUAACAUCGGAGAUGAAAUCGUCGAACAGAAAAAGAACGAUUUCGUCCAGAGUGUUUGUGACACAUUGCGAAAUCUUGAUAGUAACCAAGAAAAAGACUCCAAUGAACAGAACAAUACUUUGCUUAGGUCUGAAGUCGUUAUGGAUGAAACGUCGUUGACUGUCAAUGAAGGACAUCGUUCAAAACACCGACUGGUAUUGCCAUCAUUAAAUGAUACGUAUACCAAUGCAUUUCGAACUGCUGAAAGAGCUCAAUCGGAUGAGCAUGGCAAGCAGCUUCGAGUCCCGGAUCGAAUUCGAACUCGAAGCGGCGAAUCUGUUUCUUAUUCAACAUUAGCUUUGAACGAUGAUAAACCAGAAUUAGAAGACGACUUCCAGGAAUCAAGAGUAUAUGCAACGCUUCACGCCUUGUGCUUACAUUCAUUGGCGGUGCUUCUAGAAUCAGCUAUUGUCCUCUGUUCGGGCUUAUUAAAUAAAUUCAUCCCACAUAUAGAUCAGUCCACACAUCAACCGAUCAAUAUCUGGUUGAAGUACAUCGAUCCUGCCUUAACACUAGUAAUGGUUAUUAUUAUCGCAAUCAAAGCUAUUCCUGUUGUUUGGUCACUUGGCCAUAUUCUUGUCGAAGCUGUCCCAUCUGGUAUCGAUACUCAGCAUUUAAUCCAAACAAUCAUGAAAACAAUUCCUCAAAUACGAGCAGUGCAUAGCGUUCAUGUCUGGAGGGCAACAGCUCGCGAUGUUUUUGCAACAUUGCAUGUCGUCUGCAACGAAGAUUUGUCUCUGAGUACUUGUACAGAGAUCUUUGGUCGGCAGUUACAACGAGUAUUUGAAACGCACUGCAUUCGUCAUUUCACACUGCAAUUCGAAUAUAUUCAGCCAGGUGAAAAUAUUCACAAGUGCGCUUAUGGCGCACGUCGACGACAUCGUGGCCAUCAAUCAAGUUCCGAAGAUAAUGAGAAUAUCAUUCAAUCACAGAUUGAUAUACGUGUUAAUUCGAAUCAUGUCGUUCUUCAACCUAUCGGAAGAUUUGUAUAA